AUGGCGCCAGCAAUGGGCAAGAAACGCAUCAUCCGAGCCCACUGUGGUCCACUAGAAUACCUACGAAUCUCCCAUUCCUUUGCCCUUCGAUGCAGUGAUGGCACGUUCCAAAUUAUCUACUAUCAUCACGGUGUCGGGAGUGGGAAGGGUAUCAGAGACAAGCUGUUUGGUGGUGCUUUCGGCACCGGAGUUGCAGAGAAUAUCCAGGAAGCUUACGCCUCGGAAUACCUAAAAUCCCGUUUCUUACGGGCAUUGGCAUCAAGCGAACAUGCUUUCCAUGCAUUGUCGUUGGAUGAAGUACGCGGGCCAUUCAGCCCUACCGUUUGGGAGCGUCUGCCGGAUGAGAAAAGUGACCUCCGCCAAGUUUGGUUUCCGGGAGACCACUCAAACGUUGGAGGCGGACACAAAGACCAAGGUAUUGCUGAUAUUACGUUAGCAUGGAUGAUGGACCAGCUGGCCUCCAUUGGCGUUGAAUUUAUCCCUCAUAUUUUAGACGCAUUGGUUCAGCGACGCAUGGAUUACUACAAGUCCCUCGGUCUCAACGCAAACAAGAAAGCCAUAGGAUGUGGUCUCUGUUAUUGCAAAUCUAGCAAUAUGCCUAUGCUAAAGCCACCAUUCUGGGCUGAGAAAUCUAUUCAUCAGGCUAACGAUCUGGUACGUCUAUGGAGUCUCCAUAAGAUACAGUCUGAGAGCAGCUGCAUACACAGAUUCACAUUAGCGAAAAGGCGGCGUACACCUAGGAUGUGUAAGAAGGUUGAUCCAUCAACUGGUCGAGAUACAGAUAUAUACCUGGAGGACACCAACGAAAGAAUCCACAGCAGCGUUCGCGUCCGUCUUGCAUGCCAAGGCUUAGCCGUCAAUGAUGAUUUGGUAUGGAAUUGCCCCCCAUUAACUAAGUUAUGGCGUCCUCGCCAAGUGGCCGCUGACUACUUAGAUCCCAUCUCCGAACAGGCAGCUUGGGGUCCUCCGACCAACCAGUCGGAUAAAAUAGGACAACCCAGUGGUGCUUCAGCUGCAGCUGAUGACCGAACGCGCUGGGUCUGGGAAUAUGCCGGCCCAGAUGUAGGGAAACCACCAACAACGGCAAUUGUCGAGGAAAAUUUGGGUCCGUUUGAGAAGCACCUUCAAAAGCUAUCUUGCGGGAAGGGAGUCUUGGAAAAGGCCGCCAAGGAAGGCUUCAAGAAUUUCAAGUUCUCAAGCUAA